GCGUUACCAACAUGGCUGCUUGGUGGAACUAAAGAUGACAGUUUAGUUGUUGGCCGGACGCUAUUUUGAUGCACAACCUGUAGCAAACGGGCUAGCGAAGCUAAAACUAUCGAGCCACCGCAUCGUCCCGCACGAUAUGCGCACCCAUAGUCCCUAACAUCACUCAGUGAAACCACAGGCUGUUGUAAUGUCGGAGCCUAAGUCCCCUACUCCAACCUCUGGAGACACGUACAAAGGGUGGCUCUUCAAAUGGACAAACUACAUAAAAGGUUACCAGAGACGCUGGUUUGUUCUCAGCAAUGGCCUGCUGUCUUACUAUAGGACUCAGGCAGAGAUGGGUCACACGUGCCGAGGCACCAUCAACUUGGCCACAGCCAACAUUGCUGUGGAAGACUCAUGCAAUUUUGUCAUUUCCAACGGAGGGGCACAAACCUAUCACCUGAAGGCCAGCUCAGAAAUAGAGCGCCAGCGAUGGAUCACUGCUUUGGAACUUGCAAAAGCAAAGGCUGUCCGAAUGCAGGCAGAAUCUGAUGACUCAGGUGAUGAUUUCCCUGCAGUCACGCCUAACUUGGGACAGGGUGUAGACUGCCGUAACACAGAAAUCCAGUCUACAUUACGCACACUCAACAGCAAGGUGGAGGAUCUCGCAACCUGCAAUGAUCUCAUUGCCAAGCAUGGGUCUGCCCUCCAGAGGUCUUUAUCAGAACUGGAGGGCCUUCGUGUUGGAGUGGACAUGGGAGAUAAGAUCAAACAAGUCACAGAGAGGGCCACGCUGUUUCGAAUCACCUCCAAUGCCAUGAUCAAUGCAUGUAGAGACUUCCUUUCUAUGGCCCAGAGCCACAGUAAGCGCUGGCAGAAGGCCUUACAGACUGAAAGAGAGCAGAGGAUACGUCUGGAGGAGACUCUAGAGCAGCUAGCCAAGCAGCACAACCACCUGGAAAGAGCUUUCAGAGGAGCAACAGUUCUCCCUCCUUCAUUCAGUAAUCCUACCUUAGGUAACAAAGGGGGUGUUUCAGGGAAGGGUGAUGUCAGUGAUGAGGAUGAUGACAAUGAGUUCUUUGAUGCUAUGGAGGAACCAGCAGAAUUUAUUACUGUCCCUGCUGACCCCAAGUAUCACAGGAGAUCUGGCAGCAACGUCAGUGGGAUCAGCAGUGAGACUGGAACAGAUGAUCAGUCUGUAAAUUUUGAUGAACUAUCUUUGGCAUCUAACCCAGAGUCUCCACAGCUACUGGAGCUGGAGCCAGUUCGGCAAAGGCGAACUCGUAUCCCGGACAAACCAAACUAUUACCUCAAUCUGUGGAGCAUCAUGAAGAAUUGUAUUGGAAAGGAACUCUCAAAGAUACCAAUGCCUGUGAAUUUUAAUGAGCCCUUGUCAAUGCUGCAACGUCUGUCUGAAGACCUGGAGUACUACGAACUCCUAGAUAAGGCUGCCAAGUGUCAUAGCUCCCUAGAGCAGAUGUGUUAUGUGGCAGCUUUCACAGUGUCUUCCUACUCCACCACUGUCCACCGCACAGGAAAGCCCUUCAAUCCUCUUCUUGGAGAAACCUUUGAGCUUGAUCGGCACAGAGAGUGCGGUUAUCGCUCUAUUUGCGAACAGGUCAGUCACCACCCACCUGCUGCAGCUCACCACGCCUUCUCUGAAAAGGGCUGGACCCUCAGACAGGAGAUCACAUUGGCCAGCAAGUUUAGAGGAAAAUAUCUCUCCAUCAUGCCUUUGGGUUCUAUUCAGUGUAUAUUUGAUAAGAGCAACAAUCACUAUUCUUGGAAAAAAGUGACCACAACAGUUCACAACAUUAUUGUUGGGAAAUUGUGGAUUGACCAGUCAGGAGAGAUAGAUGUGGUCAACCACAAGACGGGAGAUCGCUGCCACCUCAAGUUUGCUCCUUACAGUUACUUCUCCAGAGACAUACCAAGAAAGGUAACAGGAGUAGUAACAGAUAAGGAUGGAAAGGCCCAUUAUGUCCUAUCAGGAACGUGGGACGAGAAGAUGGAGUUUUCCAGAAUUAUGCAGAGCAGCAAAGGUGAAAAUGGCACUGAAGGCAAACAGAGGACUGUCUAUCAAACCCUCAAAGCCAAAGAAAUCUGGAGAAAGAACCCGUUACCAGAGGGAGCAGAGAACAUGUACUACUUCUCCUCUUUGGCUUUGACACUUAAUGAACCCGAAGAAGGAGUUGCGCCGACAGACAGUCGCCGGCGACCUGACCAGCGGUUAAUGGAGGAAGGUCGUUGGGACGAGGCUAACGCAGAGAAACAGCGGCUAGAAGAAAAACAACGCAGCACCCGUAGAGAAAGGGAGAGGGAAGCCGUUAAAGUCGCCAGCUCACCUGAGGAAGCUGUCACUGAGGCUUCGAUCAAUGACUCACCUUUGAAAACUGAUGCAAAAGAGACUGGCCCUGGUUCAAGUGAGAUUUCUGAUGAAACUGACACAGAUGACACCCCCCCUCAUACACCUGUUGCAUCCCCUUAUGGACCGUCACUCUUCCCUUAUCUAAUGGAAGGCAAGGAAGGUCCUUGUGGAGCUCCAGCCAAAAGUGCCCAUCCAGACACCUACCAAGCACUGUGGUUUGAGAAGAUAGAUGAUCUUGUAUCUGGAGAGACAUUGCACAUCUACAAGGGGGGAUACUGGGAGGCCAAGGAACAAGGGAACUGGAACAUGUGCCCUGACAUCUUCUGAUCGCAGCUGAAUCAGUUUCCCACUGUGGUGUUCAAAUGACAAGAUGGUAAUAGGGAUGCUGUCUCUUAUCACAUGAAUUAGGAAAUCAAGUUUGACAUCAGCCUGUCUUUGGUGUCUGUCAUCUGACCAACUUCCUUCAGCACCUCAGUUCAGCAAAAUCAAGGUCAACUGGACUUCAUGUUCGAAUAAGAAUAUGAUGCUCAUGUGACAUUGUAGUCACCCUGCAGCUGGUUGGUGUUCCUCACACUGCCUCUUAAACCCUGAUGUUUGUCUCGGUUUUUUUUCCACUGCUUCUUCCCAGUCCAGGGUUUUCUGAGCCAGCCUUCAAGUUGCAGUUUGCAACAGUUUAUUCUGACUGUCAUUCUGCAUUUUCUUUGGACGUGCUGUUAGAGCAGUUAUUGACCCAGAUGGCACCUUUCAAUAUACAAGGCUCGCCCUGAUAGAUUAAGCUACUACCUAACACGAUCAGUGUAGGUUUUUCUAACAGAUUCCUGUUUUUGUUCCUAAUAUUUUAAUGCAGCCUCCUCAGCACAGCACCAUACUAAGUCAAAUCGCAGUUCCUGUAGUAAUAUUCACUUUACCAUUUUCAGACCACAGGCUUGACAGUUUGGCGAUAACACACACUUGAUACAGAGUAGAGCCUGACUGAUAAAGGAUUUUUUUAAGACGGAAACCGAUACUGAUAUUUGGUGAAAAUCCAAUAUUCUGAUAUACCGGCCUUUAAAAAUAUGCACGUUUUUGUGUAUUAUAUUUUUUUUCUUUCAGACUCAGCACUUAAACAGAUUCCCCUAUCAUUUGUAAUGUUUAAUCAUCAGUUGUUUUUGGUGUUUCAUACCUACUGUGUUGUCAGCAGGGAAGUUGCAGAGUGCCCUCUGGUGGAUGAACUAUGCAACAUCAACACUCAUAACAUGGCUGGAGAGUGUUCCUCCUGUCUCUUCUUUACUUUUUUUUCAUUUUCAUUUAUGGGUCGUUAUAAAUGCCAAUACUGAUAGAUCAAUAAAUAGCUAAUAUCGGUUGAUAUAUCAGUCGGGCUCUAAUCCAGAUUUUGCCUUUGAAUUUAUGGUGAUUUGUGGUGCUACUUUAAUCCCUCAAGUGAAACACCAACUAUGGAGGUAUACUACAGUUCUACAGUUACAUACUGGACUCUUUGUUUUUUUGUUCGACUUGUCCGUUUUCUCCCAUCCAGCACUCCUCGUGACCUCUGUAAAUACACAGCAUUGAUGAAAAGAUGUCGAAGUAUUUAUUAUAACUGUGCUGUCCCUCAUAUUGGUUGGGUUGAUCUUAUUAAGAAUACCUAAAUAUAGCGUUUAAAUGGCUUCAUACAUCAUUCCUUUUAUACUCCUGUCAUGUUCAUGUUUUUUGGGUUGUCCGUGUGUCUGUUGGUCCCACUCUCGUAAAUGCAGUAAUUCAGAGACACCCUGAGGGAAUUUCUUUUAACAUUCACUUGAACUCAAGGAUGAACUGGUUGGAAUACGGAGGGCAAAGGUCACAGUUACUUUUAACCUCAUUAAACACUUUUUUUUGUUUAUUUGCCUUUUCUCAAGAAUUCAAAUAGCUGUAAUAUUUGUGUUUGUAACAUAUGUGUUGGAAAAUUGCUGUGCUUCUCAAAGUUGAUGCAUUUUCAGAUGUAUUUUUAUAACUUAGCAGUAGGAAUUUGACUCCUGCUUUCAAAGUAGAUGCUGAGGCUAUCCAUGUGAACAUUUGUGAUUACAUUUAAAUCGGGAGAGCUGUGCUCCGAGUUUACCGCUAACACGAUUUGUGAAAUGAGAGGACAUUUGAGGUGAGUGGUUUUGCCUUUGUGGUUACCUUCAGACUUAUUGAUCAUAGCUUUAAUCUUGAUUACAAAUAUUUGAGUCGCUGUGUGCUGCAAGUGUAGAUUUUGUUUCGAUAGACGGCAAUAAGAGUGCCUCUGCUCAUACAAGUGGCACAAAAUGAAAUGUGAAGGCGCCGUUAAGCAAGAACACUAAAGCUGCAUACGAGGAUUUUUGUCUCAGUCUUUGUCUGCUGUUGUUUGUCUCGAGUGGAAGGACUGAACGGGUGAUGGAAAGUUUUAAUUUUAUAUUUAAGUGUACUUAAAAUGAACUCUAAAAAUGAAGACAACAAAAACAGUGUUAGGAAUAUUUCUGUGUAAAUACACCAAAUAUUGACAUAACUGUGAUCAUAAGUAGUUGCGUUGAUGGAGGAUAUAAAGGCGGUGAUGCACCUUUUAGUUUCAUUUUUUUUUCUUGUCUUUUGUUAUUGCUGUUUACUCAGUUUGAAUAUAGUUUUGUUUUCUGAACUGAGGGUACCAUGUGACGACAUGUCGCGCUUUAACAACCAAGUUAGCAUUCUGUUAUAUAUAUGUGUUUUUGUUUGUUCUUUGCCACCGUCAUUCGUGGUUUUAUAAACCAUUUAAAACUUUAUUUCUUCAUUUAUAGAAUAGGUUUACAGAUUUGUCUCUGCCGUUUGGAUGACAUAUAACUUUUUUUUUGUUUCUGUGUUUGUUUGAGUUGUGUGGUUCUGUCAUUCCCUCUUUAUGUUUCAAGCUUUAUUCCUGUCUGUUUCUACCUGUUUCACCCGUUACAAACUGUAACACUAAAUGACUGAUUUCAGACUGAAUUUGAUUAAUAAAUGGUUGGCUUUUGAUGUUGAUUAUUGAACAGUUUGUGUUGGAAACCUUUCCUAAUCCGUGUUCAGUAAAUUCAAACAUAUGACAUAACUUUCUGAGCAACCUUGUCACCUUUUCUGUCCUUUGAUGGAGCUUUUAGCAGGAUUGUGUUAGAAGUUUGGUUGGAUUAAAGUCUGAAUUGAGAUGAA